GACAGUAUAACAUGAUUUGACUUAUUUAAAACAUUUAAAUAAAAACAAGAAAUUUUUGUGAAAUAGAUCCGAAUAUUCAUACAUACAGUAUUAAAUUUUUUCUAACCAGUGACUAAAAUUCAAUAACCAUGUUUCAGUUUGGGUUCAACAUGUUACCGGAGAUUCCAAGACCUUUCAAUACAUCCUACAGAUGUUAUUCAGUUUCUAUGCUUCCAGGCAAUGAACGACAAGAUGUAGAACGUGGUGGAAAAAUAAUAAUGCCUCCCUCGGCACUUGACCAAUUAACAAGAUUAAAUAUAGUAUAUCCAAUGCUUUUCAAAUUGACUAAUCAAAAAACAGCUCGAAUUACACACUGUGGUGUUCUGGAAUUUGUUGCUGAUGAAGGAAAAGUUUAUUUGCCAUACUGGAUGAUGCAUAAUUUGUUAUUGGAAGAAGGUGAUUUGCUUCAAAUUGAAAGCGUCUCUUUGCCUGUAGCCACAUUUUCACGAUUUCAACCUCAAUCCCCAGAUUUCUUAGAUAUUACCAAUCCAAAGGCAGUAUUAGAAAAUGGUUUGAGAAGUUUUGCUUGCUUGACAACAGGUGACGUCAUUGCCAUCAAAUAUAAUCAGCGAAUUUAUGAAAUGUGUGUGCUAGAAACAAAACCAGGAAAUGCUGUUAGCAUAAUUGAGUGUGAUAUGAAUGUGGAAUUCUCAGCCCCAGUUGGUUACACAGAACCAGAGAGGUCUGUUCCAGCCAAUGAACCGAAUGAAGAAUUAGAUCCUGCAGAAUUAAUGCCAGAGUCUUCAGGCUUUGUAGCAUUUAAAGGAGAAGGAAAUCGUUUAGAUGGUAAAAAACGAAAGGAUUCUGGAAUGUCAGAAACAAUAGUAAAACAGACUUAUGUUCGAGGAAUACCUGAUUAUGAUUACAAAAUUGGAACAUUAAGAUUUAUGCGAAACUCAAAACCUAAAGCUAAAGAAUCAAAUGUUGAUGACCCCUUUGAGGCCUUUUCUGGCGAAGGUUUUAGUUUACGUAAAACUCGAAAAUAGAUAUUGUAAGAUAAUUUUUAUAACUUGUAUUUAUGCAUCAUAAUAUUGAAAUAAAAUAAUAAUAAUAUUGAAAUAAAAUUGAAAUAUAUAUAUACAUAUUGUGUUUAUGCUAACUGUACCU